AAACUUGGUUUGCUACCAACCAGCACACUGAACAACAUGGCCGCUCCUCGAAUACUUGGUGUUCAAUUGGAUGGCGAUGAGAUUAAUAUCGACCUUGAUGAUCUUGAUGACGAUCCUGAGGAAGUCUAUGUCGUUCUCACGGACUCCAAAUCCGCCGCCUGGAUGUGGAGAACGGUCGCGAUCGAGUACUGGGAGAAGGGGAACAUGGCGCGUGUAGAGGACACUAUUCGGAGAGCCAUUUCUGUGUACGAAAGGCAAGGCAGGGAUGGUCAUGAAAACUGGCAGGCAAUGCAGCCGCUACUUGCCAACUUUCUCCUCGCAAAAGCAAGAGAUGCACCUAAGCUUAUUUUGCGCACCGCGCAGGAAGACAAACUCGAUUCUAAGGUUCAGGAGAAAUCCGUCUAUAUCAAUGAAGCUGCGACAAGCAUGGCACGAAUGGACAGUGUUGUUCCCAAGCUGUCAGUUGUUCAGCUGCUGUCAAAAGCUGUUUCCCAGCUCGCGGAAAACGCGAUUGACGCGGCUGGGCGUACCUUCGAUGAGAUCCUCCAACAACAACAAAACAACUCUGUCGCUCUCAUGGGGAAGGGCCGCAUACAGUACGCUCGCCGGAACUAUCGCGACGCUCUUAAAAGCUUCCAAGAAGCGCUCAAAUACGCACCGGAUUUGCUCCCCGAUCCGCGUGUUGGCAUCGGUCUGUGUGCCUGGUCGCUGGGCGAUCAGGAUCGUGCAAGACGCGCGUGGCAGCGAUCGUUGGAAGUUCACCCCGACCUCCCUGCGCCACAGAUUCUCAUUUGCCUCAGUCUGCUCAACGAUGCGAAAGACAAGCGCCGAGAUCAGAGAGAGCGCUCACGAGCGUAUAGUCAAGGUAUCAAGGGCUUGGCUGCUCUCUUUAGAGACAGGGGGAAGCAUUGCGCUAUUGUAGCGGACGCGCUUAGUGCGUACUUCAUGGAGAGGAAGGAGUGGGAUAAAGUGCGUGCUCAAUAUGACCUGAUACAUCUUCUGACGAGCGUUUUUCAGGCCGUCAAAGCUGCAGAACGAACGAUUCAAUUCGCUGAUCUGCGAUCCGUAGUGUCAGACGGCUACAUGCGUCUCGGCCGUAUCGCACAUCUCCGAGGCGACUUGCCGCAGGCGGUUGAGCAGUAUGGGAUAUCGGUUGAUCGGAACGAAAAAAACCAGCUGGCCAGGACUGGACUGGGCCAGGUUCACAUACUCACCAACGAGAUACCCGCCGCAAUCCACGAUUAUGAACUCUUGCUAUCCGAUAAUCAAAAUCUCAUCGAAGCUCUUCUUCCUCUUGCCUCCCUGCAAGCGUCAGCCUGGCCAGGUGCAAGCCCGGUAGAGCAGGACGCGGGCAAGGUCCGCGCUCGCCAGCUGUACGAUCGAGCUGCGCGGAUCAUCAAGGGCAAGGAGGUUGAGACUGAGGGUAUGGAGGAUCCGGAGCUGUGGGUUGAAGUAGCCAAGCUGUGGCAAGCGGAGGACUCGAACAAAGCGCGCGAGGCAUAUGCUCGUGCUGUCGAACUCGCGCGAGAGACUGCAGAUCCGGAAAAGGGUGUCGACCCGAAGCUACUUAAUGCACUUGCGGUCAUCAGACAUAUCCACGGUGGCGAGACUGGUCGUACAGAGGCCAGAGACCUGUACCAGGAAGCGUUGGUUGGCGCAACAAAGGCGGAAGAAGGUCCGGAAAACGAGAUGGUGCAAACCGCUACACUGUAUAACCUCGCUCGUUGUUGGGAGGCGUUGGGCGAGCAGACUCAAGCCCAAGAGGCGUACCAGAAGUUGUUGAGCAGACAUCCAGAAUAUGUCGAUGCAAAAGCGCGCCUUGCGCACGUUUACCAACAGCAAGGUCGUAUCGAUGAGGCACAUGGGCUGCUCAAGGAUGCCCUAGAAUCUCAGACAGACAAUCUCGACCUGCGAUCGUAUUACACCUACUUCCUCGCCUCGCACAAGCAGUCCCGUCAAUCCUCUAAAUUUGCCCAACUUACUCUGUCCAAUUACGACAAGCACGAUGUUUACGCACUCUCUGCUGUCGCCGCCGAUUUGUACUCUGCUGCGAGAGAGAACAGGGACACUGGAAGCGAGGCGAUCAAAGUCCGGCGGAAACAUUUCCAGAAUUGUGCGCAAGCGUACGACAAAGUGCUCAGCCUCGACCCCAAUUGUGCUUACGCCGCCAUGGGGUUGGCAAUCAUGAUCGCAGAGGAUGCACUGGGCGGCCUGGCAGGUGCACCCGUGCCUGGAGCGGACGAGGCACGUGAGAGGGAACGGAAUGCUGCUGAGGCGCUGGGCGUGUUUGGUCGGGUGAGGGAGAGCAUCAAUAACGGCAGCGUGUUUGUGAACAUGGGGCAUUGUUAUUACACACUGGAACAGUUCCAAAAGGCGAUUGAGAGUUACGAGCUUGCUUCACGCUUCUAUAACGGGAAGGACUUUGCGGUUCUGCUCCACUUGUGCCGUGCCUGGUACGCAAAAGCAAACCUGGAGCAGAACCGUGAGGGCAUGGAGACGGCGCUAGACUACGCGAAGAAGGCUCUCGCCCUCGCGCCUGAAGAUAAGGCGACGGUAUACGACAUUGCUGUUAUCCAGCAGAAGUUUGCCGAGCUCUUGUUCUCCCUGCCGCCGGACAGGCGAACGCUGGAAAAGCUGCAGGAGGCGAUUGACCAGGCUCAGGAGGCACAGGGGACGUUUGCGGCGCUGGUGGAGGACAAAUCCACUGUCAUGCCUUUUGCGAGGGAUUUGCCAGAUCAGAGGAGACGGUAUGGAGAGACGGUGCUGAGGAAGAGUGGGGAGCAUGUAGAGGCGCAGAAAGCGUAUGAGCAAGAGGUGGUGGCGAAGACCGAGGCUGCAAGGGCUAUGCGGGAGGAGGAGAGGAAGCGCAAGCAGGAGGAGGAGGACCUUCGGAUCGCUGAGAUCCAGAAGGCUGCUGCGGAGCUGAGCAAGCAGAGGAAACUGGCGAUGGAAGAAGUUCAAUUGUGGAACGCUGCAGUGAAGUUGGAGAGGGACGAGGAGGAGGAAGCCGACAAACUCAAGGCCCAGAAGGGUCGAAGACGGAAGCCCCAAAACGGGGCGAAUGGCUCUGGUGCGAAUAGCGAGACUGAGGCUGGGGAGGGGAGGAAGAGCAAGAAGUCCAAGAAAUCCAAACUGAGCCAGAGCCAGGCGGACGUGAGCGAGGAGGAUGACGCGCUGUUUACGGAUAACGAGGAUGCAGCGGAGCCGACAGCUGCAGGCGGCGAAGAGGACGAGCAUGUGCAUCCUGCCCCUCCCCAGGAAAAGCAUGUGCAUCCUGCUCCUCCCCAGGAAAAGCAGGUGUAUCCUGCCGAGGAAAAGCCGCGGCAGAAGAGGGUUGUGAGGGAAGAAGAAGACGUUGACGAGCCGUCGAGUAAGCGACGAAAGAAGAUCAAGAGCAAGGCGACCAUCUCCGAUUCUGACGAGGAGAUGAGCGAUUAGAAGAUGAAAUGGUUGCAGUUGUUGGGUAUU